AUGCCCAUGUUCGUCCACGAUGACUUCCGCGGACCGCCCCCACUCGCAAGAUUGCUGAUCGGGAAAGUCCCCGUGGAGGUUGGGCCCCAUAUAAAAUACCUGGGGCUCACCUUGGAUGGCCAAUGGGGGUUCAGGAGGCAUUUCGACCUCCUGGCCCCUAGGGUGAAAGCGGUAGCCAAUCGGCUCAACCGCCUUUUACCCAAUUUAGGAGGUCCGAGCGCCAAAGUUAGGCGACUCUAUGCCAACACCGUCCACUCGGUGGCCCUGUAUGGGUCACCGAUAUGGGUCCAGCACCUGGCGGAGGAUGACAAAAGCCUCCGCCAGAUGAGGCAGGCGCAGCGCCGUAUCGCGCUGCGCCUGGCGCAGGCCUAUCGGACGGUGUCGCACGCGGCGGUUGCGGCCGGGACGCCCCCCAUCGACUUGCUGGCAUUUGGGCACGCCGAGGUUUAUCGGCGUGUCCGCCAGCUAAGGUCACAGGGGGCACCCCUAACUAACAGGGCUGUGGAACGAGUUCGUCAGGAGGUGCGACGCCGGAUCGUAGAACGCUAG